CUUCUUCAAUGGAAUUCCUUGCACUUUUCGUAAUUCUUUUUCUGAUAUGACGGGUUCGUUGCUAAUUCGUUAUGUUGCUAAUUGUUCAAGAAUGGAUGUCUGGUGAUGGCAGGAAAUAUUUUGAACCUGCAGAAUGGAUGAAGGAAUGCAAGCCAUGACCACUUAUAAGGAUUUACCAGAAAAUAAUCAUUUCUCAGGCCAAAGAUUUUGCAAAGAAAAUAAAAGAAGUAGUAUGUUCGGAUUAAAGAAAAAUUCAUCAUCUAUUCAUAGAAGAGCCAAUUUAGAACAAUCUAUUCAAAUAACUGGAUUUCGAAUUUUUCUGGGAACAAAACACUUAGAAUCUUCAAACAAUAUUAUUUGUGCUGAUUAUUCUAGGGACUCUUCAAAAGAUUUUCAUAGUUUCAAUAUGAAAAUAUCCGAACCACUGAUAUCUCGGGUUUUAUUGCACACCAGUUCUUUUGGCGAAUGUUGUCAAGGAGAAUUCACAAAGCAAAAAGAAUCAGAAAAUGACUUACAGACUGAAUUAAAAUCUAAUGUUGAAAUGUACCAUGAUCCAUUCAAUGAAUCUAAUUAUACAAUAAAGUUGGAAACUCUUUCUUAUAAACCACAAACAAAUUUCUGGCGGCAGCCAAAAAAAUACCAGUCGAAUAAUUUGGAUUUCAAUCGGAAUAAGGGAAAUGGCAUCCGAAGUUUGGACGAGAAAUCAGAUACCUCAUCCUCUUUCACUACUUCUUCAGAAUCUCUGAAUUUAGGUAACAUAUCAGAUAUGUCAUCUCUGGUUUUAUCGAAUAUGAAAACAAGUCGCUUAUCUCGAAUUGCAAGUAUUAUCAAAAACAUUUGGAACAAUGUCACAACCAACAAACGCGCAGGACUGAACUCUCAGCUGAACCAUGGAACUUUUAAUAAGAAUAAAGCGCUGAGCUUACCGCAAAGGUCAUUUAAUGAUUUGAAUAAAACAUUCAUGCAAAACCGAAGCGAUAUUCACCAAGACUUUAACUGUAUUUCGUCGAAUAAAAGCAAUUCAAACGGUGCAAUCGUACAGCCUUUUUCACAUAAUGUAACAAAUGGAAAUAAAGUUUCUUACGUCCAAGUACCUCAGAGUUUGAAGAACCAAACAUCUACAUUCGUUCAAAAUGCUUUAGCAGAAUGUACAUCUGGCGUGCAUGACACAUCUGUUGUAUCCGUUGAACCAUUCAAUAUACCGAUAGCUAAUGAAAAUUUGACUGUAGAAGUGAAUUCAGUGCCAAAUUUUCCUCGCCCAGUCAAUCCACUUGAUAUUUCAAUGAUUGAAAAUAUAACUACUACGAAAGCUUCUCGUGAAAUGUGUAUUCAAAUUAAAGAAAAUGGAGAAACUGAAUCAAUAAGCCAUGGAAAGUUCAGCAAAGUUUCUUGUAUUAAAAGUCAAAUGGGCUCGCAAGACUCCAGUAUAAGAGUACCGCGCAGUUCAAAAAGCGUCGUCUUCUGCUCAUCAUCCCAUAGCACGAUAGAAAACGCCAGUGAGACUUUGAUUAAGCUGUGUGAUGAUUGCUAUAAAAAAACAAAGACAGCAGUGAAGGAAAUGCAGCAGAAUUAUGGGCAGAAACCUUCUUUUAUGAAUGGCAGAAGUGAUGAUCGUAGUGAAGAACAUCUUACUCACAUUCCAGCAAAUAGGUCACUGGAGUUCAAGAAUUUAACUGAAUUGCCUAUAGAUAAUCUUCCUACGAAGCGAAAAUUCAAUAUCGAAGAUCUUGCUAUAAUAUCUGAAGCAGUAAAUAAUCAUUUGCUAGAUUUGAAACCUGCUGAUGGAGACUUUUUGAAAGAUGCCUUGGAAUUUUUGAGGAAAAGAUGGAUUCGUGUAGUUGCUAACAAAAACUCCAAACUCGAAGAAGUUAGCAAUUACUUAAAAUAUUUUCAAGAAUUCUCUGAUAAACUCCUCGAGGCGGUGAUACUUUCUACAGACAGAGAAGGAAAUAACGCUCUCCAUUUUGCAUGUGGCAAUGAUCGAUUUGAUAUAGCAGAAGAAUUUUUGAAGUAUGAGAGUGGAUGUAGAUUGCUAAAGCAAAAAAACAAGUUAGGUCAUUCGCCUUUGAUGGUUUGUUCAGUUUCGCAGCCGAAAAGUGACCAGGAAUGGAGCACAGUUAAGAAAAUUUUAGGUUUGGGAGAUGUUAAUGAAGCAUCGAGUUUGAGCAAGCAAACGCCUCUUAUGAAUGCUGCAUCCCGAGGUAGCGUUCCAAUGGUUCGGCUGUUGCUGUUAGCUGGAGCUGAUCCAAAUCUACAAGACAGCGAUGGAUCAACAGCCCUCAUGUACGCUGCUGUUCAAGGCCACGAAACCUGCGUUAGUCUUUUGUUGGAACAUCCAAAAUGUAAUCCUAGCAUAAAAGAUUAUGAUCAGCAAACAGCAUGUUCGGUGGCAUUGGCAGCAGGACGCAAAGAAACGGCGCUUCUAAUUUAUUUGCAUUCUAAAAAAAGAAGCAAGGAGGGUAAAAUAGGUUGA